AUGAGCAUGGCGCUGCGCAAUCCAGACCUCGUGCGCCAAAUCGCAUCGUACCAGUAUGGCGUCUUUGAGGACAUUCGACCCCUCUUCACCGCGGUCCUCGCUCUCAAAGCGUUGCAUCAUACCGAGACGACGUCCCGCACGAGCUUCAUGGUCGCCCUCGAUGCCGCCAUGUCGCCGUUCGUGGCGCCGCUGCAAACUGGUCUCUUACUGCGCCUCGUCCGCUGCGUGCGGUCGCGCGACUUUGCCUUUGUCAUGAGCUGCCUCGUCAAGCACGCGAUCGCGCGCGGCCACGUCGAAAUCCUCCACAACGUCCAUCGCCGCCUCUCGCUGCACCAGUGCCAGCACCUUGCCCUCCAAGCCGCCGCGUACGGCCAGCUCCGCGUGCUCAAGUACCUUCACGCGAUUUCAUAUCCGCGCUGGGGCCCGACGCCGCUUCUCGCUGCGGUGCAGUGCCGUGACGCAGGGAGCGUCGCCUUUCUCCAAGAACAGUAUCCGCAAGCCUGUGUCUGCCACGCACUCACGGCAGCAGCCAAGGCGGGCGACCUUCCGAUUGUGCAAACGCUGUACCCGCACCGCCAUGCCACCAACUGCGUCCACGACAAGGCCUUUGACCAAGCCGUGAGCGCCGGGCAUGUGCCUGUCGUGGCCUACUUGCUCGAACGCGGUGAGACGGGAUCCGGGAUCGCGCUGGCGCUCGCAGCCGACCACGGCCACCUCGAUCUCGUCCGAUAUCUGCACAUGCACGUGGACGAUCGAAGCGGCCCUGUCGUCAUGGACUUGGCCGCGGCCAGUGGCCACUUGGCGGUGGUGCAGUACCUGCAUACGCAUGACGUGUCGGGGUGCACGGCGGUCGCAUUGCGUGAAGCCGCUGCGUACGGCCAUGCGGACGUAGUCGCCUUCUUGGUAGCGCAUCGGAAGGAAGGCAACCCGCUCGUCGCGUGGCGCGUGGCGCGGCGACACGGCCAUGACGACGUCGCGUCGAUUCUCGAACCCAGCAGCGAUCAGUUGCAGUACCUCUAA